UACUCGCGCUUGCUAGUGUUAUGGUCGGUCAGCGCAGCGGCUGAUGAUUACGGCCGCUCAUUGUCCUUCGCCUCUUUACUUUUUCUAUCCUAGAAGGCUUAUGUGGCAGUGUAUACUCAUGAUUCAUGUGAAAAGAUAACAGUCGGUUUGUAAAAUGCCUCGAAAGCGUGGUGUGGGCUGUUUCGGAUCUCGCUCAAACCACCCCGAAAUUCGCUAUGGCAUCGACCAUUCAAAGGGAAUGCAGACACUUCAGGAGUUUUCACAGCCGAUGCCUGAAGAAAGCGAACUCAAUGCUAAGUUCGCAGAGAUUGUGGAAGAGCUUGACCUCACUGCAGUUCACAAGAAGGCCAUGUUUGAAUUACCUCCGGAGAAAAAAUGGCAGCUCUAUUUGUCUAAAAAGAAGGAACAACAAGAAUUAAGUUCCACCAGUUAUCCAGAGUACUACAUAGAUCAGUUGAAGAGCCUCCAAUCAAUUUACAUUUUUAAGAGUGAGGAGGAGAUAGAGACACGAGCAAAACUCGUAGAUGGACUUAAGACUGCACUUCGUACUCAGCCCUUGAGAUUUGUUCAUAGGUUUAUCGAAUUAGAAGGUUUAAAUUGUUUAUUGGAUUUCUUAGAAAAUAUGGACUAUGCAACAAGUCAAAGUAAAAUUCACACUGCAGCAAUAGGAUGUUUUAAAGCACUGAUGAACAGCUCACAUGGAAGAGCACAUGUGUUGGCACACCCAUCAUGUAUAAAUGUCAUUGCUCAAAGUAUGAGCACUGAAAAUGUCAAAACUAAAAUACAAGUGUUAGAAAUCCUUGGCGCUGUCUGUUUGGUACCUGGUGGUCACAAGAAGGCACUGGAUGCCAUGACUCACUUUCAAAGGUUCAAUGAGGAACGAACAAGAUUCCAGACAUUGAUCAAUGACCUAGAUCGUACGACUGGGCAGUACAGAGAAGAGUUUAACUUGAAAAUAGCCAUUAUGUCAUUCAUCAACGCUGCUCUGAAAUAUGGAGCAGGAGCGGAACAUCUCGAAUUUCGUAUUCAUCUUCGAUUCGAGUUCCUUAUGCUAGGAAUUGAGCCAGUCAUUGAGAAGCUGCGCACUUUGGAAAAUGCAACUCUCGACAGGCAUUUUAACUUUUUUGACAUAGUAAGGCUUGAUGAUGAAAAAGAACUUUCCAAGAGAUAUGGAAUGCCUUACAUUGAUCUAAGAAGUGCGAGCUGUAUGUUUGAUGUUCUUAGAAGGAAAUUGUGUACAACAUCAGCUUAUCCACAUCUGUUGUCAAUUCUUCAUCAUUUGCUCCUGGUUACGAAUGAUCAUGGUGUGGCUCGGAGACUUUGGCAGUUGAUUGAUAGAGUCGUUCAGCAAAUCUCUGUCCAGGAAGAUGACGGUAGUGACCCGGAUGUGGCACCAUUGGAUAUUAAUGUGAAUUACAUUCUAGACACAUUACUUCAUGAAGACGAGCUACGUAGGGAGGAACUUGGAGAAGAUGUGGAAGGUCUUAAAGCCAAACUUCAGAAGAAAGAAAGAGAAGUGGAUAGCAAAAAAGAAGAACUGGAAGAACUUAAGGAGGCAUUUGAUAAAAUGUCUGUGAAACUCGAAAGAGAAUCCCAAGAAAGAGAAGAAGCCAUGCAACAGAUCCGUGAACAAGAAGCCAAACUUAAUGAGGCGAAAGCCAAGAUUGAACUUGAAGGACAAGAAAGACUCAAGCUCGAAGAAAUCCUCAAAGGUGUUGGUGGAUCAAUACCAGACGACGCCAAGAUCUCCAACCUCACCAGUGCAGCUGCUGCCGGCAAGCUAUCACCAAUGCAAGGUGUAUGUCCCCCACCCCCUCCUCCCCCGCCACCAGGAGGGCCUGCUGCACCACCACCACCACCUCCACCCCCUCCGGGAGGAGCUCCCCCGCCACCUCCCCCACCUGGUGGUUUUCCAGGCAGUCCAGCCCCUCCCCCACCUCCCGGUGGCAAGUCCGAUGGUGGGUUCUUCGGGUUUAGCAAGCAACCGAACAGGAAGGCACCAAAACCUUCUCAGCCACUCAAGUCCUUCAAUUGGGCCAAAUUACCGGAUUCUAAAAUAAAAGGAACUGUGUGGACUGACAUUGAUGAUGCGAAGGUGUAUGCUGUCAUGGAUUUUGAGGAUUUUGAUAGAAUGUUUUCUGCUUAUCAAAGGAAAGAGAAAGACCAAAAGGACAGUGCAGAUAGUGUCUCAAAACCAAAAGAGAUGUCACUUAUUGACAGCAGACGCGCUCAGAACUGCGGCAUUCUGCUCUCGAAGCUGAAGAUGACGGAUGAAGAAAUAACUAAAGCAAUUCUUUCAGUGGAUGCGAAUGACGAGCUGUCUAAAGAUAUGGUGGAACAGCUUCUCAAGUACGUCCCAACAUCAGACGAGAAGAAUCUUCUCAAUGCGCACAACAAAGAAAUCGAGCAAUUUGCUCGCGCAGAUAGAUUUUUAUAUGACAUGUCAAGAAUUGUCCACUACGAGCAGAGGUUAAAAUCGUUGUUUUACAAAAAGAGAUUUCCCGAGAGAAUGGGCGAAGUUAAACCGAAGGUACAAGCUGUGUUGGAAGCAUCCAAAGAACUUCAGAGAAGUAAAAGACUUAGAAUAUUACUGGAAGUUGUUCUAGCGUUUGGUAAUUACAUGAACAGAGGAGCAAGAGGAAAUGCUGCUGGUUUUAAGCUGGGCAGUCUAAACAGAAUAAUGGACACCAAGUCAAGCUCUAAUUCAAAAAUAACUCUCCUUCAUUACCUGAUUAUGGUUCUGGAAAGAAAGUAUCCUGAGGUACUCAAGUUAGAAGAAGAACUAGCACACGUGAGGACAGCUGCAAAAGUCAAUUUGGGUGAGUUGGAGAGUGAAUCAGCUGCCAUAAAAAAAGAACUCAAAGAGGUUGAGAAGGAGCUGGAAUUUCAGCAGAAGAAGAAGGAGCGAAUCCACGGCGACAAGUUUGUGGAGGCGAUUGGCUCUUUCGUGAAAGUUGCACAGUUCUCGCUCUCUGAAUUGGACGAAUCUUGGAAAGAUAUGAAGCAAAAGUACGCCAAGGCAGUGUCCAUGUUUGGUGAGGAACCAAAACAGCUUCAGUCCGACGAAUUUUUCGGUCUGUUUUCAGCAUUCCUGGUUUCAUUUGCGGAAGCAAAACAUCAGAAUGAGGAAAUGAAGAAAAGGAAGGAACAAGAAGAAAGAAAAGCGCGAGCAAUGGCUGAGCAAAAGGAAAGAGAUCGGCAAAGAUCAGCGGCUAAGAAAGUCAUUCAUAGUAACCAAGCACCGGAAAAGAAUAGUAAAAAGAUGAGCACAGCUGGAGAUAAUCGCGGCGAAUUCGACGAUUUAAUCUCCGCCCUACGAACUGGAGAUGUGUUUGGAGACGAACUCAGUAAAAUGAAGGGUCGUAGACGAACAGCGCCUCCGAAGCAGGCUUGGCGCGUUGAAAACGGUUCCGAACGUGAACGAGCUUCUCCGAGAGCUUCACCGAGGAUACCACGAAAGAAUUAAAUACUGCGAACAGUCUUCUCUGCGCAUGGUUCUCGGACAAUAGAACGCUGUUCGUAUUUCGCUGACAACGGGUAAUUCUGUGUACGUAAAUUUGGAUCAGGGUGUUUAGAGAAACAUAGAAGUGUUGUGUUGUGUAAGUUUGGUAGUUACGUAUUUUAUUUGAAAGCGAAAUACGGCAGCUUUACAGAAUGUCAUUUUCUCCAAGGAGAAAUAAAAAUUCACCAGAGACAGUCAAUAGAGUUCUCAAAAUGAAGGAAAAAUGAAAACACAAGACUCAAGAGUAAAUUUCUCGAAGAAAUUUAAAAGGAGUGAAAAAAAAUACUCUCUUAAUUACUGAAACCAAGUUGAGGCUAUCAAGUUUUAACUUCCAAGAAAGUCCUUCGCAAACUAAAUUUUAAGGCGUAGUUCUAUAAAUUGCGCAUAACUCAGUGCAAUUUGGGGUGAAGAUGAAAUGAAAACACUAAUAUGAUGUGUUAGCAAUAAUAUUUACCUCACAGGAGACUAGAUUUAAAUUUUUUAAAUUUAAUUUCUUGGAAGUGUUUAAGCAAAAGCAAAACAGAGCUCAUAGCCGCCAGGACAUCCGUGCCGUUGUGUUCAGUCCUGCGCCGGUUUCCCAGCCGAAGCCUCGUAGUUUCUUUGCUAUAUAGAGUAAGCAGUUGAGUAAACAACGUCACAAGAGCCCUUUAAGCGUCUCGAAGAAGGCUGUACGUGGUGAAGAGUUAGUAUUUUUCUUUGCUUGAGUAAUUUAAUGCAUAAUUUCAAAGUUAUUGUAGAGUCUGUCAAAACAAGGGCGCGUUUUAGACAGACAAACAGCUUUGUUUCUCGAAGUUUUCAUUAAUUGUGUGCCCAAUUUAUUUUAGUGUAGUAUUUUUUUAAACUUACAGCUCGCAGUUGAAAGGCUCUUGCAUGGCUACGAGUAAUUUGUUCCGAUAGAGAUGAAACUCUCGCAAACAUGUUUUUUGUCAGAGAAUGACGUUAAUUCUUCUCCCAAUUCGUAACUUGUUUAGCUAGUUCAACUGACUGGCAAUUUGUUAAACUGGUUUAAAAAAUGGCUGUCGAUUGUGCGCGAAUUUCCCGCCUGAACUGCGUGGCAACAGCUGACCAAACUAUUGCCGUUCUGGUUUUUUUCCCCGAGUUAUUCUACACAUGUCGUAAAGUGUACCAAAAUCCAAUAGAUAAAUAUAUAUUAAAUCAUAUUGUAACUUAAAUUGAUUCCAAGUUUUGUUAAUGAUUUAGCUCGAAUAUUAUAUUAUGACUUGAGUCAGUAAUUCGCUCUGGAAAUGUUGACUUAUUGAUUUGAUUGAGUAGCAUUGUUAUAGAGCUGUUUUCAAAUUUCUGUAUAGAAACAGACUGAAGUGAAUAAUUUCAUUUGAGUUCUUUCCUCCUUGCCGUUCAAUGGUGGUGUUUUAUCAUUUGUACGUAUUUAGGCUUUUUUUGUAAAUUAAAGAAACACGCUACGUUUUUUCAUUUGUAAAUUUAACAAAGACAAUUAAUUUGAAGGCUGAAUAAAUGUGGCGAAUGUA